CUUUAGUGUAAAGACGUGGCAACAAGGAAAGCUAGUUUCGAUUUUUAUCGUUUGACGCAUUUUUGGGGUCAGAGUUUUGUUAAAAAUCUGAGAUGGCUGGCCAACCUCAACAGAAAGAUGCCCCUGACCAGAACUUUGAUUAUAUGUUCAAAAUUUUAAUUAUUGGAAAUAGUAGUGUUGGCAAAACUUCUUUUUUGUUCCGAUAUGCUGACGAUUCUUUCACAUCAGCAUUUGUAAGCACAGUUGGUAUUGAUUUCAAAGUGAAAACUGUAUUUCGACAAGAAAAACGAGUUAAACUGCAAAUCUGGGACACUGCUGGUCAGGAAAGAUAUAGAACAAUUACUACUGCCUAUUACCGUGGUGCCAUGGGAUUUAUUCUCAUGUAUGACGUAACAAAUGAAGAAUCGUUUAAUAGUGUUCAAGAUUGGGUUACACAAAUCAAGACUUAUUCCUGGGACAAUGCUCAAGUUGUUCUUGUGGGAAACAAAUGUGACAUGGAAGAUGAACGUGUUGUUUCAGCCGAAAGGGGGCGCCAGCUGGCAGAGCAGUUGGGUUUGGUGUUUUUUGAAACUUCUGCAAAAGAAAACGUAAAUGUUAAAGCUGUAUUUGAGCGCCUUGUGGAUAUCAUCUGUGAUAAGAUGUCCGAAAGUCUUGAUUCUGAUCCUAAUCUCGUUAAUGCUUCCAAGGGCACUCGGCUUACAGAAAACCCUGCUCCCCCAACUGCUGGAUGCCAGUGUUAAAAGUUUCAAUUCCCAAGAUGUAUUUUCUCAUUACCAUACAGUGUUCCUUCUUCUUUUUUUAAAUGUUUGAUAAAAAGGCUUGGUAGGAUUCAAUAUCUUGAGGCUGUGCGAUUCAUGAAGAUACAUGAGAAUUCAGAAUUCAUUUUUUUUUUUUUUUCUGAUUUAGAUGGAUAAAAAUAAGGUGUGUUAAACCUUUUUUUAUAUAUAAAAAAGGGGGUAUAAUUUUCAGUUAUAUUCUGUGUAUUAUGAAAAAUUCAUCUUACAGUAUAAAAAUAAUAUCUAUUUCUAUAUAUUAGAUGACAUUAAAAUUAUGCAGAAAUAUAAUUGAAUCCUUGAGACUGAACAUUGCUUGUUCAGAUCUUCAAAUGAAUGUAUUUUACUAAUGUAACUGCUUAUGGGAAAUCAGACUUAGUAGUAGAAUAUAGAAUACUUAACAUUCUUUCUCAUCAAUCAUGCUUUUCAUUCCACACUGUAUUUUAUUCAAAUAUAUUACAAUAGAAGUUGUUAUUUAGCAUGAGAGGGUGCAGAUAUAUUUCAUUUAACAUUAAAUAUUCAGUGCAUUCAUGGAAAUUAACACAUGUAUGAAUGUUACAAUGUAUUAGUGUCUUUGUCAAAAUUUUUUAGAUGUUUAAGUGUUAUGUAUAUUACAGGAUACCUUAGCAGUAAUAUUGCAAGGGGUUUUUUUUACAAAUUUUUUCAAGUGAAAAGGACUUGCUUUUAAGGAAUAAAACAGAUUAAAAGGAGCUAAUUUUGCAUUGAAAUUCUUGUCAUUUUUAAAUCAUUACUUAUAAAACAAAAUAUAUUUUUGUGAUCUGGUUUUGUUUUCACUACUUGGGUCUAAAUGAACUAUAUGAAAGUCGUAACGAAUCGGAACUCUACCAAGCCUUGAUUAUUUUAUUUUGAUUGAGAUUUUGUUGGCAAAUUUUAUAUUUAUUUUGGCGUUGAACAAAAUGUGCUAGAAUGACUUGUAACAGAAGUAGUUGAAAGUCGGAUUUUUUUCACCCUCUCAGAUGGGCAAAAUACUUAAAUUAUGAUUAUUAUUCUAGGUAAAUGUAGUAAAAUGAUUAUAUUCUCUUAUAUUGAAGCUUGAAUUGAAUUUUUUUCUCCCAUCUUGGUGUCAGGUGAUUGAUAAAUAUUCUAUUAAGACUUCAAAGACCCUAUAUCUUGAUCUAAAAUAUAAAAUAAUCAUUUUGUAGGAAGUGUAUUAUCAUUGUUUAAAUCCUUCCUUGUGUAUGAUGACAAUAGUUACUCAGACAUAUUUUUGUAAUUUUUCCCCUUAUGCCAUUACUUUUUACUAGCUGGAUAAUGAUGUUAAUAGCACUUGAAUUGAAGAUGCUCGAUAUUAAUUGAUAUUUGCUAGCUUUUUAUUCUUAAUAUUUUCUGCUUACUUUUAAAGCAGAUGCUAAGUACUGCCACUCUAAUUAAUUGCAUCUUUAUUGUAGUCUAAUUACAAAUAUGAAAUAAACUUACUUGCCAGGUGAAAUUAUGCUGAAGGAUAUAUUAACUUUCUAAAUAAAUGAUUGAUAUAAAACAUUCCAAGAGCUUGAAUGGUUAAAUGUCAGAAUAUUUGUAAUGGAACAAAAAUUAUACUUGUUUCUUGGUAUUAUUAUGAACUAACUGUUCUUUAUUUUUAACUUUUUUUAUGUGUUUGCAUAUUUGUGUAUUUAUUUAUUUUUUUUGCUGGAAAAAGAAUGCAUACUCUCAGUUAUAUACAGUAUAAGGCAAGUAAUCCUCAAUGAUGUUACUUGAUAAAGUUAUCUAUAUUAGCAAAGAGAAGCUCUGAAAUAUGCAAGGAACUAGCUUUUUUAAUUGAAGCAAGCAUUUAAAUUGCAGUCAAGGACAUAUCUUUUUUUAAUUAGAUUGUUUAUUUUCAUACUAUGUUUAAAGAAUUAGUGCAGUUGUUUCAUUAGUCUGAAAAAAACUUGCCUCUUUUGUGUAAAUAACAAUCAAAUCACUAGUUAUUGUGACUUAUUUAAACAUCUAAUUGUAUGGAUGAAUGAAAAUAAUAGGUAUUAUAAAUUGUGUCUGUGUCAGUCAUUAAAUGUAUAUAUUAAACUUCUCUAUAUGUGUGUGAAAUUUAGAAUUUAAAUGAGAAGUAAAUCUAAUGUGGAAAAAGCUUUAUUUUCCUCAUAUUUUCAUAAUUAAAUUAUUCAGCAUUCUGAUUAUAUUAUUUCUAUAGUAUAAUCAUACUGUUAUAAAGUUCCCUUGUUUUUUUGUAUUAUCAGAAAUAAGGUGAGAUGGCUUGAGAAAUGAUGUAUAGACAAACUUAAUUUUUUUAAUUGCAUUUAAAUUAGAAAUGUGUAUAGUUUUUCCAAUACACAGUGUAUUUUUAAACCGCUUUGUGUAAAAAUUCUUUUAACAAAUUUUUAUAAAAAAAUAAUAAUAAAUCAUGUAUAUUUAGACUGCUUGCAAAGUGCUUAAAAAUUUUCAAUUAUGAAAAGAUUUGUCAUAAUAGAAUAAUUAGAAAAAUACAUUUUUAUUAUGGUGCAGUGAUAUUUUCAAUUAGUAUAGGAUUUUAAUAGAAAAUAACUUUUUAUUUUAAAUUUUGUUAACGAAUUGUAAAAUUCAAAGAAAUUUCAUCCCAAUGAAAUGUAAUGCUACAUUCUUUCAAAUUGUAUUAUUUAUGGUUUUUAGUUUUAUAAAUUGACAAUUUUUUUCUCUCUCUUUUUCCUGUCUGUAUGAAUUUAAAGUUUAUUUUAAAUAAUUUUUGAAAUAUUUUAUAAAAUUUUGGUUAUAGAUAAGUGAAUGAAAGAAUAAUAGUUUUUUUUUUUCUUGGCUUGUGAGAGAAGUAAACUACCAUAUAGUUAUUAGUUGCGCUGAGAUAAAAAUGGUGCUGAAAAUUCUUUGUGUUACUUUGGAUUAGGUUAUUUUCAGUUGCUGUGUGAGGUAUUCAUUUCAAUCGAGAACGAGAGAAAUUAGGAUUUUUCUAGGCAAAUCUAGUGGAGUGAGGAUUAGCUUUUCCCAUUUUAGAUUUGAUGUAAUUGUUGUGAAUGUUGCUAGAUUUAUAAGAAGUACAUGUUAGUAUUAAAUGUGUAGAAUUGCCUAAAUUAUAAAAUUUGGCACAUUUGUUGCAUUGCCUUGAAACAUUUAUUGUAUUAUCUCAUCUCAUACUGCAAAUGCCUCAUAUAUUAUGAUGAACUAUUGUGUAAAAGUGAUAGAAAUUCACAACAAAAGCAUUUAUAUUGAAUUUUUGGAGUAGAGAAAUAAUUCUACAAAGUUAUAUAUAGUUGCAUGCAAGUGCUUUAUAAUAAUCUAAAUAAAUAUAUAUGUUCUACACAUUACUUUAUAGAUGAUAAAAAAAUGAAAUUUUACUAUGUAUUGUACAAAUAAUAUAAUUUAUUCUUGUUCACUUUUACAGUUUAUCUAUGUAUGUUAUUCAAGAGUUUCAGAUUACUUUUAAUGUUGUUGAGAUUUUUAUGAAUUUUAUUGUUUUUAUUUCUUUAUAUACUAGAUUGGGAAAAAAAUGUUUUAGAAAAUUUAUUUUUAUUUAUUUAUGUUAUUUUUUAUACAAUUUUAUCUAGUCAUAUUUCAUUAAGUUUAUAAUUCAAAAAAGGGUAAUUGCUAUUUGUGAAAGAGAUUGCUUUUGAAUAUUUUGUAUGCUAAGAUUUAUGAAAGUAUCCAAGUCUUUGUGGUUUGCAAGAUUGUUACUUAUUUAUGUAUAGAAAAAUCAUACACUCAUUUAAUAUAACCAUAUUUUUUUAUAUAUUAUUUGAACUGAGUUUUUUAACAUUUGGUUUACACAUAAAAAUCUACUUAUUAUUUGCAAUAUCUUCUUUAAUAGUUUACUAGUUUGCUGAAACGGGUUUUAUUUCUUUUUCUAGUCAAAGAUAAUAUUCAGUCAUUGCUGAAAAGUAAUACAUUAAUAAUUUUGUAUAUUUCUUUUGCGAUUGUGUUGUUCUUAUUUAAAAUUUUUGUUUUUAUUUUAGUGUUCAAAAGCACAAGUUCUGAAAUUUUUAAUGGAAACUUUAGCUAUUAUACUGUAUGCUAAGUGUAGUAGGGAGAGAUCAUAGUUACAGUGUAAACCAUCAAUAAAUUGUAAUGUAUCCUUUAGAAAAUAAAAUUUUCUUUUGUUUUUA